AUUACGUGAAAACUGUCAAGUAUAUAAACUUGACUGUGCACAAGUCAUUGGGUCGAUCGUUUACGAUGUCAAUGUAUAAUAUAUGACUUUAUUUCAUAGCCGAAAAAAGAGAAUCAAUCCCGUGAUAAACACGCUUUUUCCCAUCACAUCAAAAUCUGCAAUAAUUUUUUCAUUACUUGAAUUUUGUCAUUCACACAAAUCAGUUUACUCAACGCACCGUCCAAAAUACAAACAGGCACACACACACACACACACACAUGGAGAAAAAAAUCAUCAAAAUCAUAAUUGUUGGUGCCGGCGCAUCCGGAUUUGCAGCCGCAUCAAAACUGAUUUCCAAUGGAUUUGAAAAUGUGACGAUUUUGGAGGCCGAGAAUCGCAUCGGCGGACGGGUUCAUACGAUUGAUUUCGGUGCCAAUGUAUUGGAUAUGGGCGCACAAUGGUGUCACGGCGAAAGUGGAAAUGUCGUUUAUGAAAUGGCUAAAGAUAAGAAUUUGCUUUCAUCAAAUGUUCCAACGUAUAAAACAUUCAAUUUUGUACGAUCAAAUGGUGAAGAAAUACCAGCAGAAAUAUCGGAGCGAUUAACGAAAUUAGCCAUGGGUAUUCUUGAUCGCAACGACCGUGAGCGAGAAAAGAGAGCAUACCAUGGAUCACUUGGUAAUUACUUUGCACAACGGUUCUACGAAGCGUUUCGCACACCUGAAUACAGUGAUAUCGAUUCGAUUCUUCAACAUGAAGCUUUUGAUUGGUUUCAUCGUAUGCGCACAUCAUGGAUAGCAUGUGAUUUAUGGUACGAUGUAUCAUGCGGUAAUUAUCUUGAAUAUUGCGAAUGUCCAGGAAAUAUGAUGUUAAAUUGGAAGGAAAAGGGAUAUCGCACGGUUUUCGAUUUACUUCAGAAUAAAAUUCCAAGCGGCGGUUCCGAUUCGAUCGAUGUUGAAUCAAAAGUGCUUCUAAACAAAGAAGUGUCAAAAAUCACUUACGAUCAAACCACCACCGAAGCUGAUCGCAUAAAAAUCAAAUGUUCCGAUGGAAGCGAGCACUCGUGUGAUCAUUUAAUAUGUACCGUCUCAUUGGGUGUGUUAAAAAAGAACUACCGAAAAAUGUUCGAACCAUCUUUACCGGAUUACAAAGUCGAUAGCAUUGAAGGCAUUGGUUUUGGAACCGUUGAUAAAAUCUAUGUUGAAUUCACAAAACCAUUUUGGAAUGAAGAGUGGGAAGGAGUUUCAUUCCUUUGGAAGCCAGAAGAAAUGGCGGCGAUUCGUGAGGAUCCAAUCAAUGGCGAAUGGAUGUCAAGCAUCAUUGGAUUUUAUCCAGUUAGUUUUCAACCGAAUAUUUUGUGCGGAUGGAUUACUGGACAGGCAGCACGAAAAAUGGAACAAGUCAACGACAAUGAUCUGAAAACUGGCGUUAAUCAUGUGUUGAAAUUAUUUUUGAAAGAAUGGAACGGCGCUGAAGUAAAAAACACGAUUGGCUCAAAAUGGAGUUCAAACCCGCAUUUCAACGGUUCGUUUUCAUAUUAUUCGCUGAGAAGCGAUACGGAUGAUGCAUCAACAAGCAAUUUAGCCACACCGAUCUAUGACGCAAACAAAAAACCAAUCAUUCAAUUCGGUGGCGAAGCUACCAACACACAUUUCUACUCUACGGUUCAUGGAGCAGUCGGUUCGGGUUGGCGAGAAGCACAACGACUCAUCGAUUCAUAUUGCAAAUAAUUUAUGAUUGAAUUGUAUUUGUUUGUUUUCAAAUCGAUUUUUGAACAACUUUUAAAAUGAAACCAAUUUGUAUUGGAAAAUUUAAAAAUCUUCUUUCUCGGAUAAACAUAAAAAACAUUAACUUUUCCAUAUUGCAAUCUAACCAAAUUUUAUACCUGUCCAUCAGGGGACCAUUUUUUUUUUGUCGUCAUUAAGACUUUCGUUAAUGUGUCACCACAUUAAAAGCAAGAUAGCAAACUCAGAUUGAUCGAGAUUGAAGACCUUUAAAAGGUCCAUUGUUUACCCGACAGUAAUAAAAGGAUUAAAGCAAUUAUGUUCAACAAAAGUACCGUUUCUGCAAAGCAA